AUGUCGAUCACGUGUGCGGUCGCGAAUGCCGCCGCUGCCGCUGCUGCCGCCGCCGGGGCAGGCAAGAAAGCUGCCCAGGUGCAGCUACAGGCAGAACUCAACAACGACGAUGACUGGAACAAGUUUCUUGCCAAGGACGGGCUGUUGGUUCUAGAUGUUUACACCGAAUGGUGCGGCCCCUGCAUCGGCAUGGUCGGCAACUUGAAGAAGAUCAAGGUGGAGAUCGGCGGUGAUAACUUACACCUUGCUAUUGCAAAGGCAGACACUAUACAAAGUUUGAAAAGAUUCAGAAACCGAAGUGAGCCAACGUGGAUGUUAAUUGCGGGUGGUCAAUUAUUAAACGUGGUGUUCGGAGCUGACGCCCCCCGCCUGACCCGGACCAUAGAGCAAGAACUAAAAAAUGAAGAAAUGGUGCGCAAGGGCGAAAGAGAGCGACCAGUGAGGGCCCCGCAUGAACUAACCCCGCAGGAGCAGGAAGUAGCGUUGGUACAAGAGAAACUACAGGAAGCGCGUCGAGCUAAGGAAGCUGCAGCCGCUUCUGAAGCGAGGUUGGCGAGACGAGAAGAGCGAGCGAGGAAGUUGGACGUGCACUUUAUGGACGUGUGCCCUGGAUUGAUGAUGCCCCACGCCCAGAAGCACUUACGUAAAGUGUCUGAUGCACUGGAGCCAUAUGGCGUAAUAGUAGCAGACAAGUGUCCUGUGGUGUUAGGCAAAGAAAAUGCCAGAAUACUAGCUAUGGAAGACCCAGAACUUUCUACCGAGGAGACCGCUGCUGUCCUUGCCGAGCGACCUUCUCUUGCUUUGCUGCUCAAGAAGCUGCCAGAUAAAGAAGGGAAUGUUAUUGAAUUAUGUCGAAAGGCGCUAUUUGGAGAUGGAAUAGAAUUGCAGGAUGGUGAAACGAAAAAGUUUUUAUCUGACGAGCUCAGGGCAAAUACUGUGCCUGGACUGUUUGUGCCUGCAGAUUCACAUCAAAAGGCUGCAGCAUUGGAUGUUCUCUUUCCAAAGAUGGUCGGUGGGUUAGUGGAUCCACCCACUCCAGCAGAACCACCACAUUUGCUGAUGCUCUUCGGCGCCUGGCAGAGACGUGCGUUACUAGCAAUUGCGGCAACGCCCAAACUUGCUGGCAGAGUGCUCAGAUACGGUUUCUUUGCAGACUCCAACCUGGCCGAGCCUAAGCUCUUAGCUAAAAAUAUCGACAAGUAUGAAGAGAGACCAGAGAAGGAUUACUCCGAGACAAUAGCUCUUAUGGUAGCCGUUGGUGUAGCCGAGCCAGCUCUAGUAGACCCUCAGGACAUACCGCCGGAGGGGCCACCAGAAGAACUGCUAACGCUGGGGCCUCUCCACGUGAGCGAGGACGCGGUCGUCGGCGCUGAGGAGUGCAGCAGAUUCUUCCCACCUGGAUACAGCGAACCAGAGAACAAACCCAAACAGAAGUCGAAGAAGAAGAAGAAGAAGCGUCACGAAGCGCGCGAGGAAGGCGAGAUUUCUCCAGAGGCAUCGACGGAGGUGACUGAGGAGGGUGAAGUCGGCGCGGAGGGAGGGGGGGAGAUGGAAGGGGACGAGGACGAGCCGGACGACGACAUCAGAGCAGACAAGGCUACGUCCCCCGCACCUCCUACUGCCCCAAGCCCCGCCCACUCCGCAUCUGCCGACAUCUAGUCACGUUGUGUCUCCAAACAACCUAGCGCUACCUUAGUUACCAAGAUAGUAGUGAACAUUUGAACGGCUCAAAUGUCAAAUAUUAGUAUUAAUUGAAUAGAAUUGAUAGAAUUUCGAUUAACUUAGGGCUAUAUUUCACUGGGACACUAUGGCGGCGCAACCAGUCGCCGCUACCAUCAAAAUAUAUACAGCUCUAUAGAGAGUUCAUUUCGCCUGAUUGGUUGCGCGACCAUUGUUGACCCGGCUUAAUGACACGAUGUACGGUGUUAUGGUUGCCGUACAGACUCAUUUACGUGUAGUUCAUAAGUUAAACGAGACUUACGAACAAUUGGUUUAUUGAACUAAGCCUAAAUGGUUAUGGUUAUGGUAAAAUGGUUAUGAGCACACGCGAUUGAUGCUCGAACGUGAACUGGGGGAAAAUGUAGAAAUACGGCACGCACCAGCGCAAUCGCUGUACGCAACGUGAUGUGCGAUAUUCGACUCGUACUAGUCGCGCGACCGGUUCAGACGCGUGCACAGAAUGUUACCGGUCACGCUACCACUAAUUACUAUAGAGCUCACUCACUCAGCCGCCAGUGACGC